UUGUGUUUCCUGCGCUUCUCGUGACUAAAGAAGCGAGAUUUUGUGUCGUUUCCUUGCUUGGAUGGGGGGAGUAUUUGAAUGCAGGAAAAUGGGGGUUUCUUGGUUGAUUCUGUGCUUCUAAUGAAAUUAUGAAGAAGAUGAGCCCCAAACGUAGUGUUGCGCACGUUGGUUUUGGUGGUUGGAUGGAAAUUUCGUUUGCUCUUUUCAUGGAGAAAAGAAGCUGCUUUUCUCAAAGUUAUACUCACGUAGUUUUCUUUUCCCUUUUGUCCACUGGUGUGUGAAGCAUCGGACAAGCAGCAAUCCUGAAGCACUUAUUGGCAUGAUUGAAAAGGAAAGAUUAUUCAGAGAGAUCGUUGUGGACUGAAUUUGAGGGCGCUCUCGCUUUGCUUCUCUUCGAAAAGAGUGAGAAACAAACAGGUCGAUUUGUUCGCUUGCAUGGUCCUGCUAGAGCGCUUCGGACAUCGACGUCCUGCUCCUGAUUCUUCAAUCCACCGCUUGGACCAAGCAACAGAACCACGUUGGUGGUUUGAUCAUGGAGGAAAUACCCCAAUGCAGGGGAGCCCAUUGUCUGCGUGUGGCCUAAACGAGAAAGCUCUUGGCUUUGGAAGCACGCCAAGAAAUUUUAUCGUCUGGCCUUUUGGUGAUCUGUGGGCCAUUUGAGUUCCAUGGAAGUAGAUAAGGUAAGCCCCUUCUUUUGAUUUUGAUUGUAAAAUAGUAAACUGCUUUAAACAGGUUUCCGAUAUGAAGCGAACCAAACCUGUGCCUUCCCAUUAACUUGCAAAUCUUCUUGGCAAAAUGUUGCAAAUGAACUGCAUCCGAAGACUUAAUUCGCAGAUAACAGUAAAAGGGAUGAAAUGAACCAGUAACUCUUCUAAGUUCUGGUUGAAAUCCAAGAAGAAAGUAACCUUCGGUUGCCUUCCAGUAGACGGGACUACGCAGCGGACAGAUGUUAAACAAUUAUAAGAUACACCCCGAGAGAAGUUUCUUUGAUGGUGAUGACCACUAACGAGAUUGAAACUUACAGAUUAAUGGUGGGGACAUUGAUGGUAUUUCCAAAUCUUCAAUUCUGCACUGUUCACGAGUCCCGGUCAGAGUAACACUAAUUGCAUGAGGGGCAUCUGACAAAAUACUCCCAGCUGGAUCUCUUGUCUCUAGAUCGGUUCACAAGGAAAUGUUUCUUUUAUAAGCUUUGCUAGGUGAUGGUGCCUGGCCUGGGUGGCCCCUCUCCCACAAAAUAUAAAAUGCUUUUCCUUUUACAGGCAUGGUACACCUUUCUUUUCCGUUGGUUCAAGCCUCUAACUUCGAAGUAUUGGGUAAACAGCAGAGUUGCAGUGAUCUGCAAGGGCCACUCCACUGCUUCAUGAGAGGGCUUUGAAGUCCGUUAUGAUCAUCCGACGACUUGUGCGAACCUUUUAGAAGUUUGUCAAUCACUUUUUGAGACUGGUGGUUUUCUUUUGCCUUGCGAAGCUGGCCGGAUAGAGAUAGAGAGAAAGGGAGAGAGGUUUCUUGCUCUCGGCUUGCUGUUGACAACCGCAGCUUAGCAGAACUCCAUGUGGGGUGAUCAUCAUCGGGUGGUUUCUUUUGUUUGUGAAGUUUCAGACUAAUGAGAGAGUGAAAAGGAGAUAUUUUCUUGCGUCCAGCUUAUGAUGAUGACCAAAAUGGCACCAUUCCUCAUUUGGGUGAUCAUCGCUUUAUUCUACCUUCCUUCUACUCAGCAACUACAAUCAUCACAAUCUCAAACGCUGCUGAGGAUCAAAGGACUUUUGGGGCUUCCACAAGCAUUGCAACCAUGGAACAUCUCGACAGACUUCUGCAGCAUCGAGCCUUCCCAAACUCUAACCAUCGUCUGCUACGAAGAUAGCAUUACUCAGCUGCAUAUCACGGGUAACAGAGACCCCCCGCCUCCUGCACUAAAGUCGAACUCCACAAAUUUUACUGCUUCAGAUUUCAAGCUAUUGAGAUCAUUCUCUGCGCCUUCCUUCUUCACUACUCUUGCCAGACUUCCAAAUCUAAAGGUUCUUACCUUGACUUCCCUUGGUCUUUGGGGCCCUCUUCCAGCCCAGGUUGCUCAUUUAUCUUCCCUGGAAAUUCUUAACAUUAGCUCAAAUUUCUUUUAUGGUCGCAUACCGGAGGAGAUUUCUUUGCUCAAAAACCUUCAGACUGUUAUACUUGAUUCUAACAUGUUCAGUGGCGCUGUGCCCGAGUCUCUAACCAUGCUUCCUGUCUUGGCUGUUCUGAGUUUGCGGAACAAUUUCCUCAAUGGGUCCCUACCCUCUUCUUUAAGUUCACUGGAGAAUGUCCGGAUUUUGGAUCUGUCCAGCAACUUUUUAUAUGGGAAAGUGCCUGACCUUAGCAGUUUGACAAAUCUGCAAGUGCUGAAUUUGGCUGACAACUAUUUCGGACCGCAGUUUCCUGAGAUUGGUAAUGAGCUGGUCGUUCUUGUACUGAGGAAUAAUAAAUUUGCCUCAGGAAUCCCGUCUUCCAUUAGUUCUUGUUAUCAAUUGCAGACACUAGACAUAUCUUCCAAUCGGUUUGGGGGGCCGUUCUUGCCUGAUCUGCUUUCGUUGCCUGCCAUGCGUCAUCUGAACAUUUCUGGCAACAGGUUAACUGGGAUACUUGCAGAAAACAUGUCUUGCAAUUCUAGGCUUGAGAAUGUGGAUUUGUCUUCGAAUCUUUUAACAGGAAGUUUGCCUAGCUGCCUAGUUUCCAACUUGCAGAAUGGAGUUUUCUUUUAUGGAAGGAAUUGUUUAUCCAGUGAGAGCCAGAACCAGCACCCAUACGCAUUCUGCAGGACUGAAGCAUUAGCUGUAGGCUUGUCGUUGGCUAACAAAAAGAAGGAAGCACCUCGGAAGAUGGAAAUCGCAUUAGGUAUAUUGGGGGGUCUUCUUUUAGCUAUCGCUCUUUCCACUGUCUUGCUUUGUGUGCUUCUUAGAAGAUCAAGGACCAGAAGCGCUGUGAUGAAACCUCCAAGAAGGCUAGUUGCAGAAACAGUCACAGCUGAUCUCUCCUCAAAGCUUCUUACCAAUGCAAGGUAUAUAACUCAGACAAUGAAGUUAGGAGCUCUUGCACUUCCACCAUAUCGAACGUUUGCACUGGAGGAACUUGAAGAAGCGACUAACAACUUUGAACCAUCUUGUCUUAUGGGUGAAGGAGCACUGGGACCGAUAUAUCGCGGUAGAUUAAGAAAUGGUUCUAUGGUGGCCAUCAGAUGCGUGAAGGUGAAAAAGAAGCAGAAUGCCCACAAUUUCACAAACCUUGUCGAACUAGUUUCAAAACUCAGGCACCAUCAUUUAGUCAGUGCUCUUGGACAUUGCUUUGAAUAUUAUCUUGAUGACUCUAGCAUCAGCCGUCUCUUUUUGGUGUUUGAAUAUGUGUCCAACGGGACGCUCAGAGAGAAUAUUUCUGCAGGAGGAAACCUUAAUUGGACCCAAAGAAUAUCGACUGCAGUCAGCAUAAUGAAGGGUUUGCAGUUUUUGCACAAUGGAGUUGUACCAGGAAUUCUUGGAAACGAACUGAAAGCCACAAACAUACUUUUAGAUCAAAACCUUGUUGCAAAAAUUAGCAGUUACAAUCUGCCUGUAUUGGUGGAAAACACAAGAAAGGAGGUGGCCACGGGAUUUCUUUCACAUGGAUCAAAAGAAGCUAAUGCCGUUAGGAACAAGCAAAAGGAUAAGAUUGACAUUUACGACUUUGGUGUUAUCCUGCUCGAAAUCGUUACAGGAAGAGCCAUUUCAUCACCCGUUGAGUUAAAAGUGGCGAAAGAUCAGGUGCUUACGAGCGUAACAGGUGACCAAGCCGGUCUGAGAAGCACGGUUGAUCCACCCAUCAGAGAUGCCUGCUCAGAGCAGUCACUAAGAACAGUAAUGGAGAUAGGCGUUAGAUGCUUAUCUGAAGAACCUACAGAGCGGCCUUCAGUUGAAGAUGUUUUGUGGAACUUGCAGUUUGCUGCUCAAAUUCAGGAGGCAUCAAGAAGUGAUGGGUCGCCGGUUUCCUUGCAGUAACUGGAUAUACUAGUUCCUGCAGAUUUGGAGUCCCGCAACCGCAAGUUUUUUCGUCAUGUGUCGUCUAUAUUCAAUAAUCUUAGAUUGUUAUCACGCACGGGUGACUUCUGUAUCGAAUUGAAGAUCUGGAAUAGUAGUACUGUAUGUUUUCUA